AUGACGCUGUGGGCAUCCGUCCCCAAUGUGACUGCUGCCUUCCACCCUUCCGCAUUUAUCUUACUUGGAAUCCCUGGAAUGCAAGACCAGCACUUUUGGAUCGCCAUCCCCUUCUGUUCCAUGUACAUCCUCGCUCUGGUGGGCAACGGCACCAUCCUCUACGUCAUCGUGGCAGACAGAGCCCUUCACGAGCCCAUGUACCUCUUCCUGUGUCUGCUUUCCAUCACUGACCUGGUGCUCUGCUCAACGACGCUGCCUAAAAUGCUCACCAUCUUCUGGCUCGGCUCCCACAUCAUUUCCUACCAGGGCUGCCUGACCCAGAUGUUCUUCGUUCAUGCAGUCUUUGCCACCGAGUCUGCCAUCCUGCUGGCCAUGGCCUUUGACCGCUACGUGGCCAUCUGCCGGCCGCUUCAUUACACCUCCAUCCUCAAUGCCACGGUGAUCGGGAAAAUUGGUCUGGCCUGCGUGCUCCGGGGCCUGCUCUUCGUCUUCCCCUUCGUCAUCCUCAUUGAGCGCUUGCCCUUCUGUGGACGUCGAGUCAUCCCGCACACCUACUGUGAGCAUAUGGGCAUAGCCAAACUGGCCUGUGCCAGCAUUAAACCCAAUACCAUUUACGGUCUUACUGUGGCACUGUCAGUCACCGGCAUGGACGUGGUGCUCAUUGGCACCUCCUACACCCUGAUCCUGCGGGCAGUGCUGAGAUUACCCUCCAGGGACGCCCAGCUCCGCGCCUUCAGCACGUGCGGAGCUCACGUCUGCGUCAUCCUCGUCUUCUAUAUCCCAGCCUUCUUUUCCUUUUUCACCCAUCGCUUUGGCCGCCACGUACCUCCUCAAGUGCACAUUGUUCUUGCAAAUCUCUAUCUCCUGGUACCCCCUGUCCUCAACCCCCUGGUCUACGGCAUUAACACCAAACAGAUACGCCUGAGAAUACUUGACACUUUUGUGAAAAGGAGGCAUCUGUAA